AUGAUCAAGAGAAAGCGUUUUCACACGGUAUUUCAACAUGCGGCCCAGUUUGACAGUCGUGAAACAAGUCGGUCUACCACAUUAUCAAUGACGGAUGUUGGACAAGUGGUGACGUUGAAUAUGAGAAAUGGUAAAUGCAUUCAGGGACGAAUCAAGUCCGUUGAUGCUGACAAACAAAUUGUACUUGUAGAGCGACCCUUUUUAAAUGGUAAGCCAAUGGGUGGACAUGAAAGAAAGUUCCCAAUUAGUUCUAUCCUUUCCUUCCGAAUUUUGGAUGUCAAAACUGAAACGAAGGACAGGAAGGUCAUUUCUGAAACUACUACUGCAGAAUCUAUUACUCCUAAUGGUACUCCAGCUAUAAAAGACAUCAAAGCACAGCCAACUGAAUAUCCAGUGAGUGUUCAGAAAUCUCUAAUUGCAUUGCAUGCUUCUGGUGACUGUCCAUCGAAAACGACAAAGUAUUCGGGAGUAGUACAUCGAGUAAAUUUCGAAAAGGAAACAGUAGAUGCCACUACAAGCGCUCACAAAAACAGCAGUAGCACCGAUGCCGUCGUGGUUCCUAACGCACUCCAUACAAAUCAGCAGCAACAGUCACCUUAUACUUCUACUUCUGGUUCAUCCUGUUCAUCGCCAAUAACCAAACCAUUAGCAAAAUUAAGCCGUAGAACUCACACGACAGGUGGGAGACGUUUUCUUGCAAAUAGUGGUGAAUCAAAGUUAUUGUCAUGUGCAGCUGACCCAUCACAUAAGGGAAGACGAAACCGUGGACAUACUGGAAUACCGGAAGCAGAUUCUAUUGGUCAGAAUAAUAAAGAUAAAAAAACAAACGAAGGUCUUACCAAACCUAUUGAUUUUGAUUUGAAUGAAGACUUCGAUUUUGAAAAAAAUUUGGAGAUAUUCAGAAAUUACGAAAAAAAUGCUGAUAUUUUCGAGCAAAAGGAAAUCUCAGCUCUGGGAACACAAUUUGCACAAAAGAAUUACGAGCAUUUCGAGAAUGUCAUUUCGGAUCCAUCGAGAGUUACAUCAUGGACGACGAAGACACCUGAUCAGUUUGUUGCAGUGCGUUUUGAGAAAACAGUAGAUGGGCAGCAGAUUCCGUUUUUAAAACCCUGUGAUAAAGAAAAGUUUUUGCAGAGAGCGGAACCGUAUUUGGGAAGCGAUAUAUUCCAUGUAAUGAUCGCUGAUCGACUAAUGAUGUUUAUUUGGAACGUCAUUGAUAAGUUUAAAAUAAUGGUUAGUCAAAUGGUUGUGUUAGACUCAGCAACAGUUAAUACUUUCUUAACAACGAUGUUUUUGCGCCAUGUUUCAAAUAGAGCUUGUCAAACAUUUGUAUAUUCAUGCUUACUUGGCCAGUAUAAUUUACCACACGUACUUCAAGUUCAUGAUGUACAGGAGCUUCCAAAACACGAUGUUCAGCUGAUCGUCGUUUUGGGUCCCCUGCUUCUGGGAAGUGUCAAGGAAUGGAUAAAGAAUUUGUGGCCAUCAACGCAUUUGAUUUGUAUAGAAAAACCUCCAGAGCUUAUCGAAAAUGAGCAUAUUUUGAUGGUUGGUGUUGGAACUUAUAAUGGUGACUCCCUAAAACAGAGGAACUCAAAUAGUUUGCGUGGUGUCGCAGAUAUUGGGAUACCAUUUACCUGGAUGGAUGCUGAUUCUGCUGCAUUUCUUUCACGUGCAUUUGCCACACAAAAUAUUCUUUUGUGUUAA